GCGAGAAAUGGAUGAAUGUCCAGGUGGGCGACAUUAUCAAAUUAGAAAACAACAACUUUGUGACGGCAGAUCUGCUGUUACUGUCCAGCAGCGAACCCAACAGUCUGGUGUACAUUGAGACCGCCGAGCUUGAUGGGGAAACCAACCUCAAGGUGAAGCAGGCCCUGACCAUAUCCGCGGAUAUGGGGGAAGACCUGAACCAGCUGUCGCAGUUUGACGGUGAAGUAGUGUGCGAGGCUCCCAACAACCGAUUAGACACUUUCACUGGAACAAUGACCUAUCAGGGAGAGAAAUACGCUCUGGACAAUGGCAAGAUCCUGCUACGUGGUUGUACUAUGAGGAACACAGACUGGUGCUUUGGCAUGGUCAUCUUUGCAGGACCAGACACCAAGCUGAUGCAAAACAGUGGCCGCACCACCCUAAAGAGAACCAGUAUCGACCGUCUCAUGAAUAUUCUGGUCUUAUGGAUCUUUGUCUUCUUGGCUGUCAUGUGCAUCAUCUUGGCUAUCGGCAAUGGGAUUUGGGAAUCCAAGCAAGGCUAUUACUUUCAGGUGUAUCUCCCAUGGCCAGAAGGCACUACCAAUGCUGCAUUCUCAGGGUUCUUAAUGUUCUGGUCAUAUGUCAUUAUCUUGAAUACCGUGGUGCCCAUCUCACUCUACGUACGUAAGUGUUGAGAUCAUUCGCCUGGGGAACAGCUUC